UGUGUGUGUGAGCUGAUGUGGACGUGAAUUCAGCAGAAUGGAUCAGUGUGAGGACGGAGAGGACGGAGUCCCUCCCUCCAAAACCUCUCUGUGUGGGGAACAUGAGAGUCGGAGCAAAGCUCAGAGGAAUCGAUCUGGAGCUGAACCUAAACCUGGACCUGGACAUGAACCUGAACCUGAACCCAGCUGGGUGUCCUUGAAGAGCGACCGAUCAAUGGACAAGUUAAUUCACUUUAAAAAAGACCAACGUUCUGCUUUAAAUAGGGUCCAUCAGAAAAGAGACUCUCAUGAACAUGAACCCAGCUGUUUGUCCUUGAAGAGCGACCGGUCAAGGGACUGGGUAAUUAACUUUAAAGGGGACCAACGUUCUCCUUCAGAGAGAGUGGACCAGCAGAACUCAGAGCCUCCCAGCGGUUCGUCUGUCCAGCAGCAUCAGACACAGCUGGACUCCAUAUUUCUGCUGCUGGAGGACAACAUUGUCCUGUUUGUGAAGAACGAGCUGAAGAAGAUCCAAAGUGGUCUGCGUCCAAAUUACCCAGAAUCCCUAGAUCAUCUGUUGGAGGGUGAGGAUGAAGAGCAGAGGAGCAGCAGAGAGGCGUUUGUGAAGAUCACAGUGAACGUCCUGAGGAGAAUGAAGCAGGAGGAGCUGGCUGAGCGUCUGCAGAGAAUUUCUUUUGCUGCAGUUUGUAAAAAGCGGCUGAAGUCUAAGCUGAAGAAGAAGUGCCAGUGUGUGUUUCAAGGGAUUGUUAAAGCAGGAAACCCAACCCUUCUGAACCAGAUCUACACCGAGCUCUACAUCACAAAGGGAGGGACUGGAGAGGUCAACGAUGAACAUGAAGUCAGACAGAUUGAAGCAGCUUCCAGGAAACCAGACAGAGCAGAAACAACCAUUAGACAGGAAGACAUCUUUAAACCCCCACCUGGAAGAGAUGAACCAAUCAGAACAGUGAUGACGAAGGGAGUGGCCGGCAUCGGGAAAACAGUCCUAACACAGAAGUUCACUCUGGACUGGGCUGAAGGCAAAGGCAACCAGGACAUCCAGUUGCUGCUUCCAUUCACCUUCAGAGAGCUGAAUGUGCUGAAAGAGAGAAAGUUCAGCUUGGUGGAACUUGUUCAUCACUUCUUCACUGAAACCAGAGAAAUCUGCAGCUUUGAAGAGUUCCAGGUCGUGUUCAUCUUUGAUGGUCUGGAUGAGAGUCGGCUUCCUCUGGACUUCCACAACAAUGAGGUCCUGACUGAUGUUACAGAGUCCACCUCAGUGGAUGUGCUGCUGACAAACCUUAUCAGGGGGAACCUGCUUCCUUCUGCUCGUCUCUGGAUCACCACACGACCCGCAGCAGCCAAUCAGAUCCCUCCUGAGUGUGUUUCCAUGGUGACAGAGGUCAGAGGGUUCACUAACCCACAAAAGGAGGAAUACUUCAAGAAGAGGUUCAGAGAAGAGGAGAAGACCAGCAGGAUCAUCUCCCACAUCAAGAUAUCACGAAGCGUCCACAUCACUGCUACGGUCCUGGAGAAAGUCCUGGAAACCAGAGAGGGAGGGGAGCUGCCCAAGACCCUGACUGAGAUGUACAUCCACUUCCUGGUGGUCCAGGCCAAACUGAAGAAGGUCGAGUAUGAUGGAGGAGCUGAGACAGAUCCACACUGGAGUCCAGAGAGCAGGAAGAUGGUGGAGUCUCUGGGAAAACUGGCUUUUGAGCAGCUGCAGAAAGGAAACCUGAUCUUCUAUGAACCAGACAUGAGAGAGUGUGGCAUCAAUGUCAGAGAGGCUUCAGUGUACUCAGGAGUGUUCACCCAGAUCUUUAGAGAGGAGAGCAGCCUGUACCAGGACCAGGUCUUCUGCUUCAUCCAUCUGAGUGUUCAGGAAUUUCUGGCUGCUCUUCAUGUCCAUCGGACCUUCAUCAAGUCUGGAGUCAACCUGCUGGAGGAACAAAGAAACACCUCCUGGUGGUUUAAAACAAGAGCAGUGACUCAGCUCUAUCGGAGUGCUGUGGACAAGGCCUUACAGAGUCCAAACGGACACCUGGACUUGUUCCUCCGCUUCCUCCUGGGUCUUUCACUGGAGACCAAUCAGACUCUCCUACGAGGUCUGUUGGAACCAGAACAAAGAAGAUCACAGAACAAUAAGGAAACAGUUGAAUACAUCAAGAAGAAGAUCAGUGAGGAGCUGUCUGCAGAGAAAAGCAUCAACCUGUUCCACUGUCUGAAUGAACUGAACGUUGGUUCUCUGGUGGAGGAGGUCCAACGGUCCCUGAGGUCAGGACUUCUCUCCACAGAUAAACUGUCUCCUGCUCAGUGGUCGGCUCUGGUCUUCAUCUUACUGUCAUCAGAAGAAGAUCUGGAGGUGUUUGACCUGAAGAAAUACUCAGCUUCAGAGGAGGUUCUCCGGAGGCUGCUGCCGGUGGUCAAAGCCUCCAAGAAAGUUGUUGGUUGUCACCUCUCAGAGGACAUCUGUGCAGAUCUGUCCUCAGUUCUCAGCUCUCAGUCCUCCAGUCUGACAGAACUGGACCUGAGUAACAACCACCUGCAGGAUUCAGGACUGAAGAAGCUUUGUCCUGGACUGGAGAGUCCACACUGUCACCUGGAGUCUCUCAGGCUGUCAGGCUGUAUGAUCUCAGAGGAAGGCUGUGCUUCUCUGGUCUCAGCUCUGAGCUCCAACCCCUCCCAUCUGAGAGAGCUGGACCUGAGCUACAACCAUCCAGGAGAGUCAGCAGUGAAGCUUUUGUCUGCUGGACUGAAGGAUCUCCGCUGGAGACUGGACACUCUCAGGGUGGAGCCUGCUGGACAACGAUGGAUGACACCAGGUCUGAGGAAGUAUUCCUGUCAACUCAUCAUCGACACAAACACAGUCCACAAACGCAUCAAACUGUCUGACAACAACAGGAAGAUGAUGUAUGUGGAUGAAUAUCAGUCAUAUCCUGAUCAUCCAGACAGGUUUAAUUACUGUUGUCAGCUGCUGUGUAGAGAAGUUCUGACGGGUCGCUGUUACUGGGAGGUCCAGUGGAGAGGAAGAGUUUAUAUAUCAGUGAGUUACAGAAGAAUCAGAAGGAAAGGAGACUCUAAAGACUGUGUGUUUGGAAGAAACGAUCAUUCCUGGAGUCUGGAAUGUUUUGAUGGUGGUCGGUACUCUGUCUGGCACAAUAACAGAGUAACAUCUUCCUCCUCCUCUUCCUCAGUCUCUGACAGAGUAGCAGUGUAUGUGGCCGUUCCUGCUGGAACUCUGUCCUUCUACAGCGUCUCCUCUGACAGACUGAUCCACCUCCACACCGUCAACACCACAUUCACUGAACCUCUCUCUCCUGGGUUCAUGAUCUGGUCCAAGUCUGGUUCUUCAGUGACUCUGUGUUGAGUUCAGUCUCAAGAGUCUCCUCCUGUCAGAGAAACCGUCUCUGUUGGACAGAUAGUUGAGUCUGUACAUGUCUGUCUCUGUUUCCAUCAGAACACCGGAAUCACAUGUUGGUGAAACUGUUCUGAAUGAUUCCUUGGAAACUUCUUCCUCUUCCAGUCCUUUAAAGGUGGAAGCUGCUGUUAUUCCAGGAUCCACAUGUUGUUCUUCUGUCUGUUUCCAGUCAGAGCUUCACGGUGAACAGCAGCAUGUUGUUUCUCUGCAGCUCACAGCUGAGAUCAUUCACUUCAUGUCAGCUGCAGUUAGUUUGCUGCACAUGUGACCAACUGUGAUGUCAGAGAGGAAUCACUGAGCUGCAAUCAGCCUAGAUGAAGUUACAACCUGCUGACAGAUCUGAGCACAAGGUUGCUGUGCAGCCAGGAUUCAUCCUGGUCUUUAUUCUCACACACUUCCUGUUCCAACCAGGACGUCACUACUGGACUGUCAGGUUUCUGUCAUGGUAAAGGGUUUGUUUAUGUGUGAGCUCUCACCAAGAUGCAUAAGAUGAUCCAUCCAUCCAUUAUCUAGAACUGCCUCUUCAUGUUCAGGGUCCCGGGGGUCGGCCUUGUUGAUUUUACACUGUACUAAGAAGGGCUACUUUUUUAACAGAAUUCUUCUUUGAUGACAAUAUUUGAUAUCCACUCAUUAGAAGCGCUACCUCAACAUUUCCUCAAAAUAAUUAUCCAAUUGAUUUAUCAUGCUAGGAAACAUAUUUCAGAAUAAAACAUUUUUUAUUCUUAAUCAAUUUAAAAUGUUCCAAUUUUCAAAUGAUCACUUCUGUAACAUUUUAGUAGAAAAUCAUGAACCUCUUCAAAUUAAGUCCCAUUUAUAUGAAAUUAAGCAGCAUAACACUUCUAGCAAAUCAUGAAGUCCCACAUCUGUAGAAAUGAUCAGGUAUAAAAAUAAUCGGAUAUUCAAAAUCCAUUUGUACUAAUAAUCAAAUAUGUAGCUCUGGUCUUACGGUUUGCCUGACAGAGUGGUUGAUUUAAGAACUUCCAUAUGGGUUAUAUUUUAUAAUUCUGCUGGUGAGUAUUUUCAGGAGUGUUAUUUACUUCACUAAUCGUUCAAAAGUCAUUAGUUAUGUUAUUUGAAUGUAACUGAUUGUUUCUUUGUUGCAAGUUAAAUGUGAUAUUAUCUCAUGUUGAUGUUCAUGCUUAUAAAAUUAUUUGGAUUGUGUGCUAUGGUUAAACAUAUGUUUAUUGCUGUUUAUUGAUUUCUAUUAUUCUAUGGUUUAUUCCAGAACCACAUACACACACACCACAUCUUUAAGUGCACUCUCUAGACUGGAUUAAAGCACUGUAAAGGAAA